CGAUCGGCGGGUCCGGUUUAGAUCACAUCACUUCGGAGUUUCUCUCACGCGUUUCUCUCAGUUCAUCAUGGCGCGAUGCGCUCCUGACACCGGUUCCGUUCCGUUCCCGUGAUGCGCGUGAUGAUGAUGAUGGUGACGGAUGAAAGAUGGAGAAACUAUCCGCGAGCAUUAACGGACUCUCGUGGAGCUCCGUGUCGCUGCCGCUGGACGUGAUCGUGAGCAAAUUCCGCUUACCGACACUCGUGCGGCUGAGCCACGGUGAGAAUGUGGAGGGUCUGUCGGAGGAGGAUGUGAUUUUACUUCACUCCUGCAGACAGUGGACCACCGUCACUGCCCACAGCCUGGAGGAGGGUCAUUAUGUGAUCGGACCCAAAAUAGACAUCCCACUGCAGUAUCAAGGGAAGUUUAAGUUAUUGGAUCAGGAUCGGGAUGUUCGCGAGCCGGUGCAGUACUUUGGAAGCGUGGAGGAAAUCGCAGGAAUCUUUCCUGAUCGCGUGUUCGUUAUGGAGCCCAUCACAUUUAGCGUUAAGGUGGUUUCUGGGGAGUUUACAGAGGACAGUGAGUUGUAUAAUUUCUCUCUGCAGGCGGGGGAUGAAUUAACCCUCAUGGGCCAGGCAGAACUGCUCUGCGUCCAAUCGACUCGUGAGAAAUCCCGCCUGACUGCGCUGCUACGGCGACUUGGCAAAGCAGGCGGAGCUCUGGGACGUCCCGCCCGCACGAAGAUGCCUUGUUUGAUAUGCAUGAACCAUCGGACCAACGAAAGUGUCAGUCUCCCGUUCCAGUGCCGUGGGCGGUUCUGCACGCGUUCGCCGCAGGAGCUGCAGAUGCAGGGAGGUGAACACACCGUGCGCAGCAUCAUCGAGCGUGUGCGUUUGCCCGUGAACGUGUCCGUGCCGUCGCGACCUCCUCGCAACCUGUACGAUCUGCACGUGAUCCGCGAGGGCCAUCGAUAUAAACUCCUCAGCAUCAUCAGCAAAACUGUUGUUCUCUGCUGCAUACUUCGCAAAGAGGAAGUCACGCCGUCUCACUUCCUGUUAUUAACGGACAUGCCGCGCUUCAGUCUGCCGGAGGGUUUAUUGCGCGCGGACGCUUCCUACCAGCAGGUGGUGCUACAGUGUGCUCUGCGUUGCCAGGAAAGCUUCGAUCCGGACGAUUACUCGCGUGCUGUGCGUGAGGUAAAGACAGAUUUCUCAGAGGAGUGUCUUAGUCCACGGCGGAUUCGGGUGUGCGUUCAGGGUUACGGGCGCGACGAGCUCGGGACGUCCCUGCAGAGACUGUCUCUGUGUGUGUACGGAGGUGGAGCUGUCACACACACGAUCUCACACGGCUGCAGAGACUCGCUCGUCGACUCACACAUGCUGCCCUCUAGUGAUGGAGAGGAGCGAGAAUACGUCACGCCCGAUUGGUCGACGGAGACGCAGGAGAUUCCGUACGAGGAGCUCUGGACCAAUCAGAGUUCUGGAAGUUUUGGGGUGACGUCUGAGAGUGCAGUGAAGGCGGAGCAUAACCUCAUAUCCUUCCACUCCACUACCACGUCAUUGGAUGGUACAGUGGGCUCCACCCACGUCGCCAUGGUGCAGAUGGAAGCAGGAAGAGUGUCGAGAGUACCGACUCCACCUCCUGUCCCACCCAAAUCUGAAGCUGUGAAAGAGGAGUGUCGUUUCUUAAACGCUCCACCUGUUCCGCCCCGCUGUGCUAAAGGCCCCGCCCCCAGCCCUCCAGUCCCCACCCGCUUGCCUAAAACCCCACCCACACAGACACUCAACCCAAACCUCUCAUUUUAUUCGUCUGGACUGCAAGAAAGUUCUGCUCCUCGUAGUGGCAGCAACUCUCCAUCGCCAGACUCUUAUUCUCUGUAUUGUUACCCCUGCACCUGGGCCGACUGCGUGACCUCCGACCCCAGCGUGAGCCCUGAUCCUGCUCAACCUGCGCAGGCCUGUUGGUCCCACCCACGAGGAGGCGGGGCCUACACCUCCAGCAUCCUCAAUACACCUCUUCUCAGUACAGACUCCGCCCAAAAGAACUACUCCACCUGCCCUAGACCGCGGCCGGUGGCGCAAAACCGCUUUGCACCGUUUGGUGCCCUAAACCCCUUUGCCAAUCCAGGACACGCCCACGCCUCCUCCGAUUGGCUCACCACUGGUAGGAACUCUCCCACUCUGAUACCUGACCUCAUUAGCUCCACCCCCAAGGAGCCUCAAGCCAAUCAUGGAGGUUCAGAAGGCGGCCCUGAGACUCCGCCCAGACCAGUCAAGAGUUUAGAGGAGGACGCGGUCGUCACAGAUCCCGCCUCCGGAUCGGUUGCCAUGGCGAAGGGAGCAGAGGGCGGGGCCGGAUCAUCUUGGCGACCCCCAGCAGAGCUGUGCUGGCUCUCUGUGGAGGAGGUUUCAUCCAGUCUGCGGUUCAUCGGCCUUUCGGACGACGUGAUUGGUCUUUUCAGCCGAGAGAGGAUCGACGGCUCUAUUUUCACUCAGCUGACGGAGGAAAUCUUGUCGGAGGACUUUAAACUCACCAAACUACAGGUCAAAAAAAUCAUGCAGUUCAUCAAGGGAUGGAGACCCAAGAUAUGAGGGCAGCAUCCUUGUGAAUUGAAGGAAUGUUUUUGUUUGAGAGACACAAGAGCACUCCAGCCACAAUGAGUGCUUCUGCUCAGACCAUUUCAGAUGUUUUAUAAAUGUGUGUGUGUGUGUGUGUGUGUGUUUGAAAUACACCUCUCUAAUCGAAGGACUGACAGAUCGUGACUAAUAUAUUAUGGAGCACUAUUUGAUGUUUUUGUUAUGAAUAUUUUAAUUUCUGGGGUGGGAUGAUUUUGUGUGCCUUCAGUAGAAAGUCAGAACUUAUGGUGUGGCUGUUCUGCUGUCUUUCAAGGGUUUACUGACUGUGUUUUGACCUCUUUUGUCUGUUUUCUGGUAACCUGACAUGUUUGUCAGUUGGAUUUGGGACUUGGAUGAAUCUCAUGAAACAGGUCAUAUUUCACAAAAAAAUAAAAUAAAAUAAAUAAAAAUGAAUUAAUUAAUCAUCAAAUUUAGCUUAAAGAAAAUUCUAAUUUUAAAGUAAUUAAGACCAGUAAUUACAUUAAGAUCAUUAUUAUUAUUAUUAUUUUGGAUUGUGUCAUUAUUUUCUUGAUAUUUAAGCCCUAAACAUUAUUAAUGUUUGAAUUUAAUACUCAUUCUCAUUACUGUAAUGUGGAAAAUAAUUUUAAAUAAAACAAUGUGUUUUAUUUUUCUUAAUAAAACAGGAUCUAAAGAGGAUAAUUGAGAAUAAUCAGAAUAAACAAAAACAAACAAAUCUCAAGUAAAAGUAAAACUUGUGAAAACAUUGUUUCAAGAAUUUUGGCAAAAUGUUCAUGAAAGAAUUCUGAGGGAAAAAUAUAGAUAAAUAUAUUUUCCUUGACAGGUUUGAUGAGAUUCACUCAUGUAGAGCACAAUGUUCUUUCCUUCUGCUCUCAUAUGGAGCUCAUAUUAUGCACACAGGAAGUGAGACUUUUUAGGGACUUAAAAAUAAAGAGUUUAGUUUGUGAUGUACACGCUAAUAAGAGCAGCAAGAGUUUACAGUCUAAAGAACACGCUGUAAUUAGGUGACAGUAAUUAAGAGUUUACUAACUACUACAGCCCACGCUGAUGGAGGAUGUGUGUGAGGUGAGUCAGAGCUGCUGAAAUGAGGUUUUAGCCUUAUCUCACUGUUUAAAAAAAUAUUUUAUCAGCAUUUCGGGAACGUUUCUGGAAUGCUUAUUUAACAGCUUCCCCCUCUGUAGGUGCAUUUGUACUUUGAAUAAUAUUUAACAAUGGUAGUGUGUUUCAUUUGUACUGUAAUUUCACCAUGUAUGAUUUAAUCCUGAUGGAUCAACUACAGAAAAGAAUAAAUCAAUAGUGCUCAACUGAACGAAGCGUCUUUUUUGUUUGUUAGGUAGGCCUAAAUCAUUUCUGGAAUACUAGAAUUUGCUUACUGCAUACUCCAUUUAAAAAUAGUUGUAAGUUAUUGUUUGGGACUAUUUUCGUUGGCGAAACAGAUAAAAAAGACAAUAUUUUGUCUUAAUAUUAACUUCAUAUUGUUGAAUCAAAUUUGCAGUCUUGCUGAUAUUUGGAAGAACAGCACUCUUGACCAUAUAAGAUUGAUUAAAUAUAUAUUUUUAAUAGAAAAAAAAUUUUUUUUUGUCGAUAUUUACAAGUGUAUUUGCCCUAAACGCACAUUAUUUUUGACCAUUGGCUAACCAUAACUUUAUCCCAGUCAAACAGUCAGGAUAAAAAAAAAACCUAACAAAGCUAAAAUAUAAAUACUUCGACUAAUAUGCCCACAUAGUUAUAUCCAUACCUUAGUGAGCGGUGUGCAUUGGUUUCGUUGCUGCAGAGAGAAGACGGUUGUAGUGAUGUCAGAAACAAUCGAAGUUCUUCCAUUUGAAGUUUUAAAUUUUGAACGGUACUUGUUCUUGCUAAUGCAUAUUAGGCUUGACAAAUAGCUGCAAAUUUGUUUGAAUACUGUUUUUAACAGAAUUACGGUGGCUCUAAAGCAGGGGUCACCAAGGGCCGGUGUCCUGCAGAGUUUAGCUCCAACCCUAAUCAAACACACCUGAACCAGCUAAUCAAGGUCUUAUUAGGUAUACUUGAAACUUCCAGGCAGGUGUGUUGAGGCAAGUUGGAGCUAAACUCUGUAGGACACCGGCCCUCCAGGACCAAGUUUGAUGACCCCUGCUCUAAAGGGACA